AGCGCCGACGCAGCAACCACCAUGAAGCUGGCGCUCGCUCUUUGCGGACUGAUCCUCUUCGUCGUAUUGGUCGAGGCAGACCCGGGGGCGAGACCGCCGAAACCGGCCCAGAAGAAACCGCCGCCGACCGAAGAUGGGUGCAUACCCGGCCAGAAGAAGAUGGAAGACUGCAACGUAUGUACGUGUCUUCCGGCACGUGUCUGGGCAUGUACACGUAUGGCUUGUCGCAACAAAAGAGGAGUGAAGACGCCGCAGUCGGCCCAGAAGAAACCGCCGGCUGCCCCAGAAGGGAAAUGCUGUGUCCCCAACACAACCUACAUGGAGCAAUGCAACGUGUGUUUGUGUGCAGAAGAUGGCUUAGGUGCAUUCUGCACCCUCAUCUACUGUGACAGAGUUUCUAUCUGCCCCAGCGACCCGUAA